CAGUACGCGCGCGCCAUGGGCGGGAAGACUGGCCUGAGAACGUUUCGAGAGAGAGCGAGAGAGAGAGCGAGCGAGGAGAAAGCGAGAGGACGAGCGGCUGUGGCUGACUGGAGCUCGUGGAGGAGGCGCGGCUUCCACUGCCCCUCCACCUAAAUAGCUGUAUGGACGACCACCUCAGCCUCCUCCACUCGCCUCCGCCUCCCUCGAACAAGCACCGGGCCGCCAACCUCGUUAACCACGGCUACACGGAAAGCGAGCAAGACACCAUGACAAUUGUUGCUUGCGACAACAUGCUGGAGGAGUCGGCGGCGCUGCCCGGUCACCACUACGAGCAAGACCACGAGUGUUGUGAGAGAGUUGUCGUCAACAUCUCAGGCUUGCGCUUUGAGACGCAGCUCAAAACUCUCCAACAGUUCCCGGAGACUUUACUCGGAGACCCCAAGAAGAGAAUGCGCUACUUCGACCCACUUAGAAACGAGUAUUUCUUUGACAGAAACCGCCCGAGCUUUGAUGCCAUUUUGUAUUACUACCAGUCAGGGGGGCGCAUACGGAGACCCGUGAAUGUCCCUAUUGACAUCUUUUCUGAGGAGAUACGCUUCUACGAACUCGGGGAGGAAGCCAUGGAGAAAUUCAGAGAGGACGAGGGCUUUAUAAAGGAGGAAGAGCGCCCUUUGCCCACCCAUGAAUUUCAGCGACAGGUGUGGUUGCUCUUCGAGUAUCCCGAGAGCUCGGGUCCAGCCAGGGGCAUCGCUAUUGUCUCUGUUUUGGUCAUUUUAAUAUCAAUCGUCAUCUUUUGUCUGGAAACGUUGCCCGAGUUUCGGGAUGACAAAGACCCGACGGUGUCUCCGCUAAUGAACGGAACUCUCCCGUACUUCACGAGUCCCUUCUCUGACCCGUUCUUCGUCGUCGAGACACUUUGCAUCAUUUGGUUCUCGUUUGAACUGCUGGUCAGGUUCUUUGCAUGCCCCAGCAAAGCCACGUUCUCCAAAAACAUCAUGAACAUCAUUGACAUCGUGGCUAUCAUACCGUAUUUCAUCACUUUGGGGACGGAGCUCGCAGAAAGGCAAGGCAACGGCCAACAGGCGAUGUCUUUGGCCAUUCUCCGGGUCAUCAGACUAGUCCGGGUGUUCCGGAUAUUCAAACUAUCACGGCACUCGAAAGGUCUCCAGAUUUUGGGGCAGACUCUGAAAGCUAGCAUGAGAGAGCUGGGAUUGUUGAUUUUCUUUCUCUUCAUUGGGGUCAUCCUGUUCUCUAGCGCCGUCUACUUCGCCGAGGCGGACGAUCCCGACUCGGGCUUCAACAGCAUCCCUGAUGCGUUCUGGUGGGCGGUGGUAACCAUGACGACGGUGGGAUACGGCGACAUGCACCCCGUCACCAUAGGGGGCAAAAUCGUCGGCUCUCUGUGCGCGAUUGCGGGCGUGCUGACGAUCGCGUUACCGGUGCCGGUUAUCGUGUCCAAUUUCAACUACUUUUACCACCGAGAGACUGAGGGCGAGGAUCAGGCUCAGUACCUCCACAUCGGCAGCUGUCAGCCGUUGUCCUCCUCCCAGGAGCUGAAGAAGACGCGUAGCACGUCUUCGCUCAGCAAGUCGGAAUACAUGGCCAGUGAAGAGGGCAUCAACAGCGCGUUCAAAGCGCCAAACUUCCCCACUCAGAACAACCAAAACUGCAUCAACAUUAAACAGAUGUUUACAGAUGUGUAGAGCGCGUAAAGCUUUCCAACCGUGACGUGUCAGUGCAAGUGUGCGUAAAGGCAACGCUGUAGGCUACUUUAGGUUAAUGUCAUGACAGUCAAGCGCUGAGUGUGUCGACCCUCCAUUUCCACGAUACAGGAAAGUAUUAGAUGCUUUUACGCGCCGGUCCCAUGCGGUGUUUCGAUCACCUGUUCGAAUGAACCAUUUUACUGCGAGGACAGUGACACUAUGUAGGGUGCAUUAAUUCAUGCAGGCAAUAUGUGAAAGCAGUAUAUCUUCGAUGACGAUUGCGACUGGCACUGCAUUACGCAACCUAUUUUAACUUCAAAUUGAGAGCUUAACCCAGUUAAUAUGGGAAUGUAGAGGAAGGGAAAAAACGCUAAAUGCAACGAAAGAAACGUUAGCGUAUUUAAAGGUGUUACCAAGGACGAGUGGUGUUCAGAUAGCAUAUCACUUAUUGUUGGUAUAAGUAUCUUAAAUAGUGAAUUUGUUUGUGUGCUUCUAAUCUGUGUGUUGUUGUCUCGUCAACAGCCUUUUCCAUAUUAAACACGCAAGAUGCCUACGAUGCUAAAUGUGAACUUUUUGUGCGACAAUGCGUGCUGACUUAAAAGAUCUAAGAAUACAGAUCUAAAAUGGUAAUGAUUCAAGCACAAAUGCGAAGGCUUUUAAAUGCUUUUUAAUCGCUGGAGUGCGAGACAAAAGGGAAGUUAAAGAUCAGAAACUGAAAGCGUUUUCAACUGGAUACCUCUAAUCACGUUGAAGUGAUGCAGUUUCCAUAGUAACGAUGGUUUCCUCGGUAACCCCCCUUUGUUGCCAUUAAAUCCUUUUUUUGGGGUUCCACAGAAAUCCGUCAAAAUGUUUUGGAAGUCUGGCUGAAGAUUCGACACAUGUGACCUCGCUACCUUUUUGAAUUCUUUAAACUGGUGAAAGUGAAACCACAAGACCACCACAACAUGAUCCAUAUUAAGAAAUUCUUCUGGGGAUUCAUCAAAAAUCCCCAACUAUUACGCCACACUCUGGGAUAAAGUGCAAUAUAUGUGGAAGUUCCAUCACUUGAAUUUUUAUAGACAUUAACACUGUCCAACAGGCAUAGACAGGAGUAAAAUAUGAAUGGGUGUGAAGCAGCGCCUGGCUACACAUUGAUCGUCCACAAGGUGCUGCUCUAUCUACACCAAAUGCUUGGAGAAUGGAUGGACAUCUCGGCUUGUCUUAAAAAACAGCAAUGAGAAAGGAGAAGACAAUGGCAUUUUAAAGGAGUUACUGUAAAUGUCUUGAGGCCGGAUUGCCUGUGUGGACCCCAGCUUGCCAAACCUAGGAGCUUGUGAACUGUUCCCUUCUCCUCCAUACAAAUAGGAGGAGGUGCCUUCAAACAAUUCCGCUCUAAAUAGCCUCCGGGCCCUGUUUCCUCCUGGCUAGGCAGCCCCUGCGCACCACUUGCCUUUUCUGUGUUCUGUAUUCUGUGUCUUUACCAGAAGAAGAUGGACUCCUGUGUCCAUGUGCUGUUUUUGCUGCUAAAUGUAAGUCUCUAAAAAGGAGAGUUCGUCCAAAAAUUACAAUUCUGUUAUUAUUUUCUCACCCUCAUGUUGUCCCAAACCCAUAUGGCUUUCUUUCAUUUCACAAAAAGAGGUGGUAGGCAGAUUGUAAUCCUCAGUCAUCAUUCACAUUAACUGAAUAGAAAAAAGAUGAAAAGAUUGUGGUGACUGAGACUCUGAGAAAGAUUCUGCCUAGCAUCUAUUUUUGUGUUCUGUGGAAGAAAGUCAAAAGGGACUGGAAUAAUAUGAGGGUAAGGAAAUUAUCACAGAUUUGAAAUUUUUGAGUAAUUUUCCCUUUAACUCAACAUAAGUGGUCCUGCUCAGCCCUCUCUGGAUGGUUGUGCUAGUUAAGCUAGAUCCAUCAGUUGUCAUGUGUCAUCAGGCUGUGAUAUCAUCUUUGACGUUGCUGCAUAAACUGAU